UUUCCCGAUUAAUGCUCACAUGGCAGCCACGUGGCAGGCCACAUGGCGGUUAUUUUCUUUUUUCUUUAUUUUUCUCCCUUUUCAUUUCUAUUUCCUUUUCUAUUUCUCUUUCCUUUCCCCAGACUUACCCGAGACUUACCCAUCGUUCCCCAUCUUCCCAGCCUCCCAGGUCUUUCCUAGCUGCCACAAGAGACGUGGUUCCUCCCUGGUGGCUAUAUUGUAAACCCAGGUGGCUUCCUCCGCCAUAUUCAAGGUCAAGAGCAAAACACGACUCGUCUUGUUCGAACCUCGAGAAUCAAGUUGAGAUCCUCCGAUCCGGUACUGAAAAAAUUGUCUUGGUUCCUUAGAACUCCUUGGCGGCUUUGUCGUAAGCCCAGGCGACUACUUCCGCUGAAUCGCGAAGGUCCAGAGCAAACGUGACUGUUUUUGCCAUAAUCUCCAGCGAACUUUAGUAGCAACUCCGACGACGACACCCUCUCUCCUCUAUGCAAAUGGAAAAAUAGAAACAAAGAAACAAAGAGAGAAAGAAAUAAAGAAAGGAAGAUUGAAAAACAAAGAGAAAGAGGAGUGACGACAGGGAAGUAAGGUUCGCGGGAAGAUAGGGAAAAUGGGGAACGUUAGACGCGGAAGUCUGCCUAUGAGAAGUGCGAAGACGGAAACCCAAAAAGAAAAUGAAAGAGAAAAAAGAAAGGAAAACGAAAAAGGAGAAAGAUAAGAAAAAAUAAUAAUAACCUGCCACGUGGCCGUCACAUGAGCAGUUAACCGGGAAAUCGGUUCUUGAGCUGCUAAAACGCUCAAUUGAACGAGUUUUAGAAGUUCUAGCAUUUGAUCGGAUGUUUUCAAAGUACGAGGACCUAAUUGACUUUUCUGAUAUAUCACGGGAGCUUAUUUGACAGUUUUCUCUAAAGUAAUCCAUAUUGCAUUAUUAAUCUUUGCCUUGGUUCGGGAUUUCAACACAGAUUUUCAAAAUUUUCAUUUAGGCUAUAUCCACAUCCUUGCAUUCCAAUAACGUCUAUAAAUAAAAUAUUAUAAGCAUUGAUCAUUUUUCUUUAAUAAUUAUCAAACUUGAUUUCGUUUAGUCUAAGGAGUGGUUCCAUUCUCCUUAUACUUAUGGUUUAUUCUUAUUUUAUUCAUAUCAAAUCAGAAAUAUUCAGAUCAGAACAGACUACAUCAGAAAAAUUUAAAUCAGAUCCGACCAAAUCUUAAAAAAUUCAGACUAAAAACAUUCAUAUCGGAUGAACAGAACUACAUCUUAGUUAUACAAAAAAAUGAGUAAAUUAAAUUAUACUACGUAAUACAAAUGUGUCAUUUAGGGGUAAUAAUAUUCAUCUUUUGGAAUAGAUGAUGUUCUUCCAAACAAAUCACAUUGAACACCUUUCAUUUUAGAUCUGUUCUUCAACUUAUCAACCUACUUUUUCACUAAAAACGUAAUUUUUAUUUCAUGCGCUGAGUUGCGUAUAAA